GCACGCACCGUGCGCACCCGCCCCGCCUCUUUCCCCGGGCUCUCUUCAGCAGCCGGGGACCCAUCCUUCCUCCCGCCUCCGGCUCCCCCAAAGCUGCCGCUUCCUCCUCCUAUUAGUCCUCCUCGCCGGCCUCCUCCUAUUUCCCGCGCGGUCCCAGCCCUCUGGCCCUCCCCCUCCGUCCCCCCAGCCCGUGAUUAUCUGGCGCUUCGCAGUUGCUGUAGCAGAGCCCCAACCCUGAAUACGCUCGCUACCCACGGGCGCUUCCUCCGCCGCGUUUCCUCCGAGCUCGGGAUGGGGUGCUUGCUGCUGCUGCUGCUGCUCGCCGGGGCGGCCCCCGGGGGCUCCUGGGCCUUCUACCUGCCCGGCUUGGCUCCGGUCAGCUUCUGCGAGGUGGGCAGAGAGAUCUCCAACUGCAAGCAUUUAAUAGAGCUCUUUGUGAACAGACUGGAUUCGGUGGAAUCAGUUUUGCCUUAUGAAUAUGAUGCCUUUGACUUUUGCAAAGAUUCAGAAGAAAAAAGGCCUUCGGAAAAUCUUGGCCAAGUGCUGUUUGGAGAGAGAAUAGCGUCAUCGCCAUACAAGUUUACUUUUAACCAUGAAGAAAAAUGUGUGAAAGUGUGUGUAAAAUCUUACGAUCCCAAAAACGAGAGUGAAAAGAAGAAGCUGGCCUUUUUGAAGAAAGGAAUACAGCUGAACUACCAGCACCACUGGAUCAUCGAUAAUAUGCCAGUAACGUGGUGCUAUGAUGUGGAGGAUGGACAAAAGUACUGUAAUCCGGGAUUUCCGAUAGGAUGCUUUGUCACCCCGAGCGGUAGAGUGAAAGAUGCUUGUAACAUUAACUCUGAAUUUAACAAAAAAAACACUUUUUACCUCUUCAAUCAUAUUGACAUCACCAUCACAUAUCACAGUGCAAAGGAUGAAAAUUGGCCCGGAGCACGGCUGGUUACUGCUAGGCUUGAGCCGAAAAGCUAUAAACAUACAGAUGAAGAUCAUCUAACUUGUGAAGGCCCCCCUAUGGAAAUACCUGGGGAAUUUACUCAGAAGCAGAAGCUGAUCUACACUUACUCUGUGAAAUUUGAAGAGAACAAUAGCAUCAAAUGGGCGUCUCGAUGGGAUUAUAUUUUGGAGUCUAUGCCUCAUACCAACAUCCAGUGGUUUAGUAUAAUGAACUCCCUCGUUAUUGUUCUUUUCUUAUCUGGAAUGGUGGCCAUGAUUUUACUAAGAACUCUCCAUAAAGAUAUUGCAAGAUACAAUCAGAUUGAUUCCGCUGAAGAUGCUCAAGAGGAAUUUGGCUGGAAGUUGGUUCACGGGGAUGUCUUUAGACCUCCAAAGAAGGGAAUGCUGCUGUCUGUGUUCCUGGGUCAGGGAACACAGAUUUUCAUUAUGACCUUUAUUACAUUAUUUUUAGCUUGCCUUGGGUUCCUUUCACCUGCCAAUCGAGGUGCAUUAAUGACCUGUGCAGUCGUACUGUGGGUCCUGCUGGGAACUCCCGCCGGCUACGUGUCUGCUAAGAUGUAUAAGACAUUUCGAGGUGAAAGGUGGAAGACGAAUGUUUUGCUGACAGCACUCUUAUGCCCCGGCAUCGUCUUUGCUGACUUCUUCAUCAUGAAUCUGAUUCUUUGGGUGAAGGGAUCAUCGGCCGCGAUCCCUUUCGGUACCCUGGUAGCCAUCCUUGCCAUGUGGUUCGGCAUCUCGGUCCCCCUAACGUUCCUCGGCGCCUAUUUUGGAUUCAAGGAAAAGCCAAUUGAGCACCCGGUUCGUACGAACCAGAUCCCCCGGCAGAUCCCCGCGCAGUCCUUCUUUACAAAGCCCUUACCUGGUAUCAUCAUGGGCGGCAUCUUACCCUUUGGCUGUAUUUUCAUCCAACUCUUUUUCAUCUUGAACAGUAUUUGGUCUCAUCAGAUGUACUACAUGUUCGGCUUUCUCUUCCUAGUUUUUAUCAUUCUUCUCAUCACUUGCUCAGAAGCUACGGUUUUGCUUUGCUAUUUUCAUUUAUGUGCAGAGGACUACCAUUGGUGGUGGAGGGCAUUCCUCACCAGCAGUUUCACAUCCAUUUACCUCCUCAUCUAUGCAGUCCACUACUUCUUCUCGAAACUCCAAAUCACAGGAGCCGCCAGUACCAUUUUGUACUUCGGGUACACGAUGAUCAUGGUCUUAAUUUUUUUCCUUUUCACAGGGACCAUUGGAUUUUUUGCCUGCUUCUGGUUUGUUAGCAAGAUUUAUAGUGUCCUGAAGGUGGAUUGAGAAGUCACUGAGAGAUCGUCCUUGCUGUUGGGUUCUUAAAGAAAUGUUAACUGUGAGCGAGGAAACUUUAUUUGGAGACAUCAGAGCCGAAUAGUUUAUGUGACAUAAAACAUCACUGUUAUAGGGAAAAAAGGCCUGGGGGGUGGGGGGGAGUCACGGGUUCAUAUUUGUUGUUUGUUGUUUUCUUGCAACAUUUUUCUUCCAAAAGGAUUUAAUUUGAAACAGUACAAGUGACUGAAAGUCAGUUUCUUUUCAAAGCAACGUGAGACCAUUGAUAUUCUAGUUUCACUGUUCUCCCCUGCUUCCUGCUGACCCCGACCCCCUCCCCCACUCCUCCCCGGUUUUUGUUCAGCACCAGUGACCACGCCAUCAGAAUGUAGAGGGAAAAUCCUUAUGUGAAAUGUGAAUUUUUCUAACUCAGAAAAUGUCGGAGCCUUUUUCCCCACCUUGUCCAGCUUGGCGAUCUCAUUUGUUUAGCAAGACGUUAGAACUGAUGAAAUAGCAAACACUGCUGUCUUUGUCAUUCAAUAAAACCGCAUACCUCUA